UCAUUAAUGGUCGCAUCGCAAAUCCAGCAAAGUCGCAAGUCGCAAGAAAUGCGACCGAGUUUGCGACACAGCGCAAUUUGCGUUUCAUUAAUCGCGUCGCAAAAUAGAGCUUGCGACUUUUUCCUCUAUCGAUAAUUUGCGAUACGCAGUCUACGAAAUGACGUCACAGCAUCACUGCGAGUACCUGUUUGUUUACGCGCCAUCUGUCAGAUUUGACAGACGGACUUCUGCAUAGAACUUCACAAUGUCAGAAAGGAAGCAAAAUUGGUCGUCGCGGGAGUUGGAAGAACUCGCUACUGGGCACACAAAACACAGCACCUUUUUAACUUCCAAGCACGGCCCAAGUUCUUCAGAGGCAGAGAAGAAAAGAGUUCUAAAUGAAAUUUUGUUGAGUGUGAACAGUGUUGGCGGGAAUGGGAGGACGAUUGAUGAAAUGUCCAAGAAGUGGAAGGAUUUGAAGAGUCGAACAAAGAAAAAGGAGCAGGGUCGCCUGAAAGCCCUGAGGAGUUCAGGAUUGGGGGAGAUACCAAAAACCCUUAUCCUAACAGAGCUGGAGGAAAGGGUCCUAUCAUGCAUUCCAGCGGUAUCUGUGACCGGUAUUCAGACUGGAGUGGACACUAACAGAUCAUUUUCCAAGUUCUUAGGAGUGGCCAAUGAAGAUGAGGUAGAAGCCAGAGUUAUGGUUCUUGUGGACUACACCAUGACAUCUUUCUGGAUAUGA